AUGGGCAGCUUUAUACCUCCGAUAAACUUUAGCUGGGUCGAGGAGGACCUCUACCGCUCGGGGGUGCCAAACGAGCUAAACUACCCGUUCCUGGAAAAGUUGAACUUGCGCAAGGUGCUAUACCUCUCACCGGAUGAGCUCCCGCCGCAGUUUCUCAAUUUUCUAGACGAUCACGACAUCGAACUCGUUCCUGUUGGCUGGGACAGCGAUCAGACACCUUGGAUGCCGAUCUCUGAAGAGGUUGUGCUCGCUGCGCUGGACGUUAUUCUGGACACGGAAAACUACCCGCUCCACGUUAUGUGUAACCUUGGUCGACAUCGGACGGGAACCGUGAUAGGUUGCUUGCGCAAGCUCCAGCAGUGGAACUUGACCUCUGUUCUGGAGGAGUAUCGCCGAUACGUCGGAGGAAAAGUGCGCCUUCUCAACGAACAGUUCAUUGAACUCUUCGAUGUCGACCUCGUGCGGAUACCGGAAAAUCCACCAGCCUGGCUGUAA